UAUAAAAGUUCCGUUUCUACAUAAUUCUCUCUCCUUUUGGCUUGUGUUUAGCGACGAUAACAAAAAUGGCGAAAAAUGAGAGCUUCCAAGGUGUGUCAACUUGUUAUGUUUUCAAAAGCCGAUUGCAAGAGUAUGCCCAGAAAGUUGGAUUUCCUACCCCUGUUUAUGAGAUUAUCAAAGACGGCCCUUCUCAUAAGCCUACAUUUAGGUCAACAGUGAUCGUGAAUAAUGUCAGAUAUGAUUCUCUACCUGGAUUUUUAAAUCGCAAGACAGCGGAGCAGUCAGCUGCUGAAGUUGCACUCAAGCAACUUGUAGAUUCUGGGGCAGUGGGAUUGUGCCUUUCUCAGCCAGUGCAUGAGACAGGCUUGUGCAAAAAUAUGUUGCAAGACUAUGCUCAGAAGAUGAAUUUUGCAAUUCCACAAUAUGAAAUGCAGUGGCAUGAAACAAAAGGCAAGAUCACAUGUUCAUUUUCCUGUAUUGUUGAGAUAGGGGGAAUCCGAUAUAUUGGAGGGGCAGCUACGACAAAGAAGGAAGCAGAGAUCAAAGCUGCUAGAACUGCAUUGCUGGCCAUUCAGUCUAGUGGGUUGUGGCCGGAUGAUAAGCCUAAUGACUAUUCUGCAUACACUGUCAUUCCACCAAUGAAGAAGACCACAGAUUUGGGAAUCAGCAACCAAGAAAGUGCAGCAGCUCUGAAACCAAAGAAAGGCCAUUUCAAGAAAAAGAAGAGGAGGAAUGCCAGCAAGCAGGUCUGCACAAAGAAUACUGGUGACUUGGAAGUUCAGAUGGUAAAUCAAGCAGAACCAGAGUUGCAUGAAAAUGCUGCUGUUAGUACUCAAGGUACAGAAUCCGGAGCUGCACCUAUUGGAGGAGAUAUGACUGAGCGGAGUGCCGUUACUGGAAUUGAGCAGCUAACUUCUGAAGUAGAUAGUUCAGCCAGUUGCUUGGAGCAGCAAACAACAUGUGCUACAGAUGCAGACCAAGGCCGGGUUACAAACACAGAGGCAGAAAUUUCUUAAUGCAUUUGAUUUUGCUGGGUUUAGCUGUAUGAGAUGGGCGCGAGAACAAUUAGAUUAGAGAAUACAUAGGACUCGCAAAAUUUUUGCGAGUAGGUUAAGCAACUCACUUGAACAUUCAGAUCAAAAGGGUUGUCGAUGGUGUGGUUUGUCCAAGUAGUUAUAACUUAUAUAGUCACACUAUUACAUGCCAAAUGUCUGGUGUAGUUGGCACAACCACGGGUGCAUGAUUCAGUCUGUGACAUUACUUAAUUACUUCAGUUGCUUGAACAUUUGCUUUGCCAUUGAUGAAGUAACCUGCUAAAUGACAAUAUUUAAGUUAUUAUGCUA